AUGGCUGAGAUGCCUCCAUCCCCCAUUGGCCUUUCUCCAAACCCACCUCAAACAAGUGAGCUUUCUAUUUUGGAAGAAGGCAAAUCUAUUCCUCAUAGUCCUCCUCAGGAGCCUGUUGUGGAAGCCGAUGCUUCUUCUUCAAAUCUUCAUAAGAUAAUUGCAGAGAUUGUGGGGACAUACAUACUCAUAUUUGUAGGGUGUGGAUCGGCAUUGGUCGACAAAAAAUACCACCUGUCGACUGUGGGAGUCGCAGUGGCUUGGGGAUUAGUGGUGAUGGUCAUGGUCUACUCACUGGGCCAUAUCUCAGGGGCCCAACUCAAUCCGGCGGUGACCAUCGCCUUAGCUGCUGCCCGAAAAUUCCCAUGGAAAAAGAUACUGAAGUAG